AUGAAAUUACAAGAAACUGAGUUGCCAUUACACAAACGUAAAAAUGUACUUGAAGAAAAUUUAUCAAUUUUUGAUAAUACUAACAGCAACAACAAUCAUAAUAGUGGUAUAUCGAAAUUAAUAGAUAAAUGUAUCAAUUCUCAUAGAUCUGCUGUUUACUUUAAACCACCACGUGAAGACAUACUAUCAUACAACGACGAAUACAAUGAUGAUGGUGAAUAUGAACAUGGUGGUGAUAGUUAUGGUGUUGGCAUUAGUGGUACUUCAUCUGAAAUUAAUGAAGAUAGUUCAUCUAACGAAUUUCCUCGCCGUGUUAAAUCAUUUGUUUAUCGGAAUGUUCUUAACGUCGAUAUUUCUCAAGAUACUCCCGAUCUCUCCUCUUAUGCUAUCUCUGCUAUCACCACUCGUCCACCUCAUGUUAAUUAUCCAAGUGAUAUUUCUGGAAGUGAAAAUAUUAACAAGUUUAAUAAUGAUGAAAAUCAUAUAUUUAUUCCUGAUAUUCGUUAUGCUACAACUGGCGAUUUUGUUGGAAGUGCACCUGUUGGUGCUGGAAGAUGGUCUACUCUGAAACGAAAAAAAAAUAAUUGUUAUAAGAAUAGCAGCACUAUCAUCAACAAUAAUGAUACAGAAUACGACAACGUUGAUGGUUUAUCACCUAGCUCAUCAUUUACAAUUGCUUCAGCAAAUGAAAUUAAAAAUUCUCUAGAAAAUAACUUACAGCAACAACAGCAGCAACAAACUGCUCUUUUAAGAAGCAAAGAUAUUACUCAAUCAAAAAACAUCACUGAUGAAGAUAAACUUAACACCAAUAAAAAAAGUAAUAAUUCCAGUACUAUUGUUACUAGUCCUGUCAUCAUGCCUCAGAAUGACUAUGAAUUUUUAUCUCAAUCACCAACUCCUUUACGUGAACCAAUUAUUGCCUCAACUAAUAAUAAAAAUCAUUCAGAAAACCCAGAGAUACAACCGUUUGAUGUUAUGAAAAAUGUUACAGGUCUCAGUCAACAAGAUACUCAUUAUAGUUCAUCAAAAUCACAUGAAAACAUUGAUAUACUGUUAUCUCCAAUUGUUGAAGAAUCGAACCCCCUUUUCUCUCCCAAAAAAGACAAAAAUCCAGCAAUACCAAUUGGUUUAAUAAAACAUCAUUCACGUGAACCUUCAACUUCAUUGCAAUCAUUGUUUGUUGAUUCCAAUGCUGAAAACAAUUCCGAUAUUUCAAUUAAAUCUUCUAUAUCAAAAAAAGAAGAAUCUUCGCCAGUUGAUAAUACCUGCAAGAUGGAAAGAACCGACGAAAACAAUAAGACAAAACCAAUCACUAUAUUAUCAAAGGAUUUCCUUUUAGCAGUAAGAAAAUCAUGGAAUAGCGAGUUCACUGAUGCUUUUAAAAUUUUUAGCCAACACAAAAAAAGGUUAUCUAGAUGGAGUGUAGCUGAUGUAGAAAUGCAAUUGAUUAAACAUUUGAUGACUGGUCAAACCUCUGAUAAUGAAAAUCCAGAAUUAAUAAAUACACUUUUUGAAACUGAAAAAUUGGCAACAAAAAUUAACGAUAAUAAAGAAGAAUUUGAGAAUUCUUUUUCGUAUUUAAGAACCGAAAUAUGGAAAAAAACUUUAAACCCCAAUUCUACACCAGCUGAUGAUGAGGCUAUAUUUGUUUCUCUUCGUACAAAUUACCGUUGGGAUUGUGAAUUAGCAAUGGCAGAUAUACUUUUAUUUCGUGCUGUGUUACAAGUAGUUGGUGGCAGUGAAAUAAAAGGAGCGUUUAAUCUACGUAAAGCCUGGAAAACUUAUUCUAAAGUAAGAGAUGAAAUAGAAAGAAUAAAUGGUGAAUCAAUUGCAUCAAAAAAAGAAUCGAAUAAAGUGGAAUCUAGUAGUUCUAAUAGUAGCAGAUGGAGUUUUGGUAGUGCUUUUAUUAGUGGCCAAGGCAGUUUAACUAACAUGGUUGGAUUAGGUACUUCAAAGAACCAUACACCUGAAGCGUCAAUUGCUACUCUUGAUGGUAUUAAUAAUUCGAUUGAAGUAGAUUCUGAUGUGGAAGAUUGUUUGGAAUUUGGAAUUGGUGUUUUUUAUUUUAUUGUAUCAAUUGCUCCUGGAUCAUUUUUAUCAGUCCUUAAAGCCAUUGGAUUUAAUGUUGAUAGGGAAAAAGGGAUUACAAUGCUUGAAAAUUGUUUUUCCCGUAAUGGUGUUAGAGCACCGUUCGCCGCGUUAUUUCUACUUGUAAAUUAUCUUUUUCUGCCACGUGGGAUUAUUGAUGCAAAUAUUUCAUUAAAUAGAGCCGGUUUAAUUAUUGAAGAAUGUAUCAAAAAAUAUCCAAACAGCCCACCUUUUUUAUUUAUGGCAUGUCAACAUGCAAGGAAAACCGGGCGUAUUAAAGAGGCGAUCAAUUUUAUUAAUAUUGGUAUAAAAAGUUGUGAAAAUGCUGAAGCGACCAGUACCAAUUAUAGAUUUGAACUAGGAAUGACGUAUUUGGUUAAUAUGGAUUUUUCUACUGCAAAAGACAUAUUUGAAUUAUUAUUUUACGGUAAUACGAUUGUGUUCACCGGUAGCAAAGGAUCAAUUAGACUUCAAGGAUCAAUACAUGGAUCCGCUAGAAUUAGAUCAAAAGAUGGCGGUGUUGGUAAUAACAACUGCAAAAAUAGUACCAAGAAGAAAGACAACAAAACAACUUUACUUCAACUUUUUGAAUUUGAAUUGAGACCAUUUUGUGGCCUUUGUUUGGCUGGGUGUUAUUUUAUGGUUAAAUUGGAAGAUUAUGCAUUGAAAGAAGCCAUAGACGUUUUAAAACAAACGAAGGCAAUGACGAAUCCUCCGUCUGAUGAUAAUAAUAGUAGUAGUGUUGCUGGUAGUAUUGGAUUAUUUGGUACUAAUGGAAGUGGAUUUGGCGGAUUUAGUGGUAUUGGUGAAUUGAAAAAACGUUGGGCCAACAUGUUAAAUAAAAUAUGGAAUGAUUUAAAAAAACCAACAGACACAGAUACUUGUGCAGUUUAUUUAUUGUUCAGAGGGGUUUUUGAAAAAUAUUUAGAAAAUGAUCCUUUGAUUGCUCAAGCCACAUUUUUUGAAUGUUUAACGAUGGAAGUAGGUGUUGUGACAGAAACUUGGGUAAUCCCGCACUGUAGAUAUGAGCUUGGUGAAUUGUUUUAUAAACAAAUCGAUAACCAAGAAGCAGCAACUGAACAAUUCAAAUGGAUAUUAAAAGGAUCAAGACCUACAUCUCGCGGAGUUCUUAUACCACGUAGAGAUAAUAAUUUAAGUUUGGUUUCAUUAACGUCUAAAUCAAGUUUUGAUUUAACUACAAGUACCACUUCUAUUUCGAUAUCAACGAAUCCUGAUAAAUUUAAGAAAUACGAAUUUUCUAGGACUCUCAAACAACGUUGUACUGUAGUGAUUGAUCAGAUUAAAAGUGGGACGUUAUUAACACCAUCUUCAACGAAUGUCCAAAAUAAUAGCAAUGGUGAUGGUAGUAAUAAUAAGAGUUUUCAUAAUAGAAAGAAGUCAGGUUCAUGUUCAGGUUUAUUGAAAGAAAUUUAUGAGCAACAGUUAUUACAAAAAGUUAUUUCAUCACCAACAACAAUAUUAAAAUCAAGUUCAAAUAAUGAUGAUGACUCUAAUUAUAUUAAAGAUAAUAGAAAAAUCAGUAAAAAGAACACUAUUAACAAUAAUGAUAAGAUUAUUAAUGAAACAGAUAGUAGUAGUAAGAUUAUUUCAACGUCAGUGUUUAAGAAAAGACAUAAACAGAGAUCUUUAAGUCUUCCACAACAUGAAAUUGAAACUGCUAGAGAUAUAAUUAUUAGUAGUAACAGUGGUAAAAACAAUUCAAGUGGAAGUGAAGGAAAAGCAAAGAGUAAAUUUUCGUUAGUAUUUAAACUUAAAUAA